UCCUUGCAAGACUCGGUGUCCUCGGUCAGUGACCAUAUUGACCAAGAACAUCCUCGUCCUCCAUCCCGAAUAAACCUCGACCAAGAAACCUAAAACUUCUCUGGUUUUCCACAUUUUCUUUGCCUCAAACCAAUAAGAUGUCAGUUGGAGAAGUAUGGAAUAAUUCUGAUCUUAAACAGAAGGGAAGUCAUCAACCGAAGAUUGAUGCCGACAGUGGGUUUGAUCCAACAAGUGGAAUCUUCCACUCACUUUCUCAACUGAGUGACCCAUAUAAGGUCCCUACUAGCCCCGACCUUGACACUGCCUCCUACGUGCUCUCCCGAUUCCCGGGCCCCGAUGAGGCGGAGUCCCAAACCGCUCUCAUCGAUUCGGUUUCAGGCCGCCGUGUCACCUAUGCGCAGCUCCACCGGUCAGUCCGAGCCCUUGCAGCCAGCCUGUAUCAUGCGCUUGAGGUCAGGAAGGGCGAUGUAGUCUUUGUCCUAGCCCCUAACUCUAUUAUGUACCCGACCAUCUGCCUCGCCGUGUUCUCCCUCGGCGCCAUCCUCACCACUGCUAACCCCCUCAACACCGGGCUUGAGAUAGCCAAGCAGGUUCGAGACUCCGGGGCAAAGCUGGCAAUCGCUGCGCCCGAGGAGGCCCUCAAACUUGGGCCCACCGGGGUCCCGACCAUACUCACGACCCGAACUGGUGAUGAGAGCUCAGUGUGUGUGGAAGAACUGAUAGAAUGCUGCGAACCGGCCCAUGAUUUGCCACAGGACGGGCCCCGGCCAACCCAACAUGACACUGCAGCCAUUCUCUACUCCUCCGGGACCACAGGGACAAGCAAAGGUGUUAUCCUAACCCAUGGCAACUUCAUAUCCAUAAUAACUCUCCUCAGAUGGUCAGUCAAUGCCACUUCGUCCCAAGAUGAUGUCUUCCUCUGCUUCAUCCCGAUGUUCCACAUCUAUGGGCUUGCCUUCUUCGGGCUCGGGCUCUUUUGCUCAGGUGUGACAACAGUCGUGAUGCCCAAGUUUGACUUCGGGGCCAUGCUUGAUGCGAUAAAAGCCCACCAAGUCAACAACAUAGCAGCAGUCCCACCAGUGAUUCUUGGGCUUGUGAAGUAUGUUGAUCAGCUAAAGCCAGAGCUGUCCUCGCUGAGACGGGUUGGGUCGGGGGCAGCCCCGCUAAGCAAGGAGGUUGCAGACAGGUUCAGGGAGAAGUUCCCGUGGGUCGAGCUGAGGCAGGGAUAUGGGCUCACAGAGAGCUGUGGGGCCGGCACAUUCUUCAUCUCAGGGGAGCAGGCUAAGGCUCGUCCCGGCUCAUGUGGGAGACUGCUACCAAGCUUUCAGGCCAAGGUGGUAGAUAAUGAGACGGGCUUGGCCCUCCCGCCCGGCAGGGAAGGGGAGCUCUGGCUUCGAAGCCCGACAAUCAUGAGAGGCUAUCUCUGUAACGAUGAGGCCACAGCUGCUAUGAUCACAUCGGACGGGUGGCUGAGGACCGGUGACCUCUGUUACUUCGAUGGAGAUGGAUUUAUCUACAUUGUGGACAGGAUAAAGGAGCUCAUCAAGCACAAUGGUUAUCAGGUGGCUCCGGCUGAGCUUGAAGCAGUACUAUUGAGCCAUCCCGACAUACUUGAUGCUGCAGUUGUACCGGUCGAGGAUGAUGAAGCGGGACAGAUACCAAUGGCAUAUGUUGUAAGAGCAGGUGGAUCUGACCUCACAGAGGAGCAAGUGAUUCAAUUCGUGGCGACUCAGGUUGCGCCUUACAAGAAGGUGAGGAGAGUGAGCUUCAUCACUGCAAUCCCAAAGUCAGCUGCAGGCAAGAUCUUGAGGAAGGAGCUCGUUUUGCAGAGCAAACAGGAGCUCACUUCCAAACUGUAAACCCGUUUGCAAAUGAAAAUGAAGAGAGAAGGCAAGAAAUUGAUUGCCCGAUAUCGAAUAAGAGUUCCGGAGGAGAGAUCCAUUCUGUACUAUCAAGGGAAUGAAUCAUUAGGAAGAAUAUAUUACUGUCCACCAAGCAUCCGGUGUCCAAUUUUCUUGCCGCUCCAUCUAAAACUGUAGUCGUAGGUAUGUAAAGAUAUCCCGAAUUAACGCCAAGAGAAAACUUGAGCACUGUAAA